AUGAGUAGUAGGAUAUUAUUGUCUGGUUUGGUAGGAUUAGGUGCCGGUACGGGCUUAACAUACCUUCUUUUAAACAAACGUUCUCCAGGGCAAAUUGUUGAAACACCGUUCCCGGUCACCGAAAAGCCAAAUGGUAAGGUCCAACCUCAUUCAUUCAACAUCAAUCCUGCCGGAUUCUUCAAGUAUGGAUUUCCGGGCCCCAUUCAUGAUCUACAAAACCGCGAAGAAUUCAUUUCGUGCUACAACAGACAAACUCAAAAUCCAUAUUGGGUCUUAGAACAUAUCACUCCAGAAUCCUUAGCUGCAAGGAACGCUGACAGAAAGAACUCCUUUUUCAGAGAAGAUGAAAUCAUUCCAGAAAAAUUUAGAGGUAAAUUGAAAGACUAUUUUAGGUCAGGGUACGAUCGUGGCCAUCAAGCGCCAGCUGCUGACGCAAAAUUUUCUCAGCAAGCUAUGGAUGACACUUUUUAUUUAUCUAAUAUGUGUCCUCAAGUAGGAGCUGGCUUCAAUAGGGACUACUGGGCGCAUUUGGAGUAUUUUUGCAGGGGAUUGACCAAGAACUAUCGGAGUGUAAGAAUCGUUACGGGCCCGUUAUAUCUGCCAAAAAAAGAUCCUGUUGAGAACAAAUUUAAAGUCAGUUAUGAAGUGAUUGGCAACCCACCCAGCAUUGCUGUUCCAACGCAUUUUUUUAAAUUAAUUGUUGCCGAGUCACCAACAAACAAUCCUACUAGAGACGAUAUUGCUGUCGCUGCGUUUGUAUUACCAAACGAACCGAUAUCCAAUGAAACAAAAUUGACUGAUUUUGAAGUUCCUCUAGACGCGCUUGAAAGAAGCACUGGGCUAGAAUUUUUGCAGAAUGUACCAUUGCCAAAGAAAAAGGCGUUAUGCGAAGAAGUGAAUUGUCAAAUCGUGGUGAGAGACUUUUCGAACGCUGCGAUCAAACAAUCAAAUGGUGUGAAAUUAUUGCCUCCUCCAAAGAAGAGCUGA